GCCCCUGCCUGCCUGCCUGCCUGCGACAGCACAGCAGUGGUGUGGUCGCUCUGAACGCACGUUAACGGCGUACCUAGUGAAAGCCUCGGCCUCUCGGGAAACCCUGCUCCACUCACAGCGACGACGGAUAUAAACACACACAUAUAUUUUUGUAAACUUGGUUCCUGUGUGUAUUUGAUAGCGUUGUAAAACCAACAACAACAACAACAACAACAAAAAAACCAACAAAAAGCCAGUGCUCAUAAUGGCGACAGCUGCGGUGUCUGCCCCUGCUGGCUGCGGCCCCAGCCCCGGGUCGGGAACGGAGCUGGUCCGCGGGCAGGCCUUCGAUGUCGGGCCUCGGUACAGCAACCUCUCCUACAUCGGGGAAGGAGCCUAUGGGAUGGUGUGCUCUGCCUACGACCGGGACAACAAGAUACGUGUGGCCAUUAAGAAGAUCAGCCCCUUUGAGCACCAGACGUACUGCCAACGCACCCUGAGAGAGAUCAAAAUCCUUCUGCGCUUCAAACAUGAGAACAUCAUCGGAAUCAAUGACAUCAUCCGCACACCAACCAUUGACCAGAUGAAGGAUGUAUAUAUUGUCCAGGAUCUCAUGGAGACAGACUUGUACAAGCUCCUGAAGACUCAACACCUGAGCAACGACCACAUCUGCUACUUCCUCUACCAGAUCCUGCGAGGGCUCAAGUACAUCCACUCUGCCAACGUCCUGCACCGCGACCUGAAGCCCUCCAACCUUCUGCUCAACACCACCUGUGAUCUCAAGAUUUGUGAUUUUGGUUUGGCUCGUGUGGCUGAUCCUGACCACGAUCACACUGGUUUCCUAACAGAGUACGUAGCCACUCGUUGGUACCGAGCACCUGAGAUCAUGCUCAACUCCAAGGGCUAUACCAAGUCCAUAGACAUCUGGUCAGUGGGUUGCAUCCUGGCUGAGAUGUUGUCCAACAGGCCAAUCUUUCCUGGGAAGCACUACUUGGAUCAGCUUAACCACAUUUUGGGGAUCCUGGGUUCUCCCUCUCAGGAGGAUCUCAACUGCAUCAUCAACAUUAAGGCCAGGAACUAUCUUUUGUCGCUGCCUUUGCGCUGCAAGGUGCCGUGGAACCGCCUCUUCCCCAACGCUGAUCCCAAAGCUCUGGACCUGUUGGACAAGAUGUUGACCUUUAACCCUCACAAGAGGAUCGAGGUGGAGGAGGCCCUGGCGCACCCCUACCUGGAACAAUAUUACGACCCCACAGAUGAGCCUGUUGCUGAGGCCCCGUUCAAGUUUGACAUGGAGCUGGAUGACCUACCCAAAGAGACACUGAAGGAGCUCAUCUUUCAAGAAACUGCACGUUUCCAGCCCGGCUUUAGGUCCUAACAUCUCAGACAGAUGAUUCUGUGGAAUGGCUUCUGCGUUGCCACUGCUCCUCCCCGACUCCACACUGUUGCUGUGAUGUUGGUUGUUUUUUUUUGUUUUUUUUAUUUGUUUAUUUUCCUCUCCUGUUGUCCACAUCACCUGGAUUCCUUGGGUCUCACUCGUCAAGUCCACUUUGCUCAGGAAUGGCGUCAGGAAUCAAUCAAUCAAUCAUUCUCUCUCUCUUUCUGUUUGUCUCUCUCUUUCUUCACAUCACACCUUACAGUUUGGGGGAUGAUUUUGUGUUUUAAGCCAAGAUAAACAACUUUUUUUGUGUCUUUCAAAGGCGUUUGGCUCUCUUCAAGACCUUGUAUGUCCAGUUGAAUGACAGUGAUAGAGUAGCUGUUGUGUUUGUCGUUGCAGCGGUGGUGGUUAAAACUCUGCCUACGUUGCACAAACAGUAGAUUGUUUAUAAGAAUCAUCCAUCAUUAAAAAGGUCUUUUGAAUUUUCCUUUGUUGCACUGUUACAAGGGAUUCCUUGAUCUUUUUUUUUUUCUUAUCUCUUUAGAGGAAAGAAAAACCCAAAUUAACCAUCUGAUUUAUGCAAUGAAAUCACAAAAUCAGCCUGAGACUUUGCAGGCCACAAGCCAUCAGUGGGUGGUGUUGAGGAUAUAUAUUUUAACAGACCUUGUAUUUUAAUUCUUAAAACACACACAUUUUUAUAUAUAUAAAUUAAUAAUAAAAAUUCCCCGGUUGUAAUUUGUCAUUGGCUUCAGUAAGAUAUCACUUUGUGUGUAAAUACACCUAAUUAUAGGUGGAUGGAAGGUUGUCACCAUCAAUUUCUGCCUUAGCCAUGAUAUACUAAAGGAAAGGUCUGUUCGUUUCAUACAGGUCUGUAUGUACAGUAUGACAUUUUUCAUAUGAGGGAAUUUUAAUGCAUCAGGACAAGAAUUCAGUUUUCACACAUAACUUGUUUUAUCUGGAGGAAACCUUGUUGCGCCUCACUUUUCGUCCCGAUUCGUGUUUUCCUUUUUCUUCUUCUUCGUCAGUCUCUGUUAAUCUCUCUCUCUCGCCUUGUUAGAAUAAUACUGUGCCCUUUGCAUGACUGUUAUAAGCUCUGUAUACAAAGACAACGAUGUUAAGUGCCACACAAGCCGGGCAGAUCCGCCAGGAGAGUGCCCAGGCUCGUUUUGUUCUACUUUUUUGUGGUAUAUCACACCUCCCAAUCACAUGGUGCUUUUUGUUCAGUUUCUUUCUUUUGCUUCAGCAGUCUCUUUGUCUGUUUUUAUCUCAUCUCCAUUGUUGUUUAGGUCUACAGGUUUCUGUCUCCUCCGUUUUUAGCUAAACUCCAUCUGCACGCUAAGACAUCUUGUUGUGUUUGCAAAUAGGAGAAUAACCAUAAAAACUGUAUGUUACAAAAACCACAAAACAUGUUGUUUUCUGAACCUGAGAAAUGGGAUCCAGGUGUGAUACAAUUGAAAUAAUACUCGUAACAGAUCAUGUUAUCCUUCGGAACAUUUUUGUUUUGCUUUAAAUUGCACAUUUUCACGCUGAAAACAGUCGACAUGUCAGCACCAGCAGACAACUGCAGUAGAACUAAAACGUUUUUUUAAAAAGUACAGAACUGCAGCAGAAGUCGAAACCAUACUUCUUGUCAGUAACCGCUGAUUAAAGACUGUUGAAUCUGAAGGUUUUAUUUUAAGCGAAAGGAAUUAUGACUUUAAAGAUUAUAUAUGUGGAAACUCUGGGGGACAAACUGAACAAGCCAGAAGCGCUAAGGCUUCAUCAACCACCCGUGUCAUUUAAUGUCAGUAUCACUGCAGCGUCUAUCAUUUCAGUUUGUUUACAAGUGGGCCUCAAAUGUAUUCAGUGUCAGUGUACACGUAGCCUUCGGUUAGGUUACAGUACUGCAGCUUCAAAAGAAACGCUCAUGUGGCAACGUGUGAGUGACCUAAUGAAUGAAAUAAUGUAGUAUUAUUUACGACACUAAAGCAUCGCAAAGUAGAUUUAAAGUCAAAAUCUACCUGAAUGGAUUCUUCAAGAAUCUUGCUGUGCUGGCACUUAAACUAUGAAAUUAGAGAAUAAAAUCUAAAAUGAGACAAUUUCAGACCUUUUGAGCAGGUUUGGCUGAUUUUUCAUUCUUUCCUAUGACGACGACGAUGUGUAUAUGGGCCGUGACAAAAGUAAUGGGUGAUCUGUAAACUCGUGAUUUUUAUAUUUCUGUCAGAAAAUUAGUGAAGCUAAACUCAACUUUUGAUUCUUAUGCUACAUUUGCAUACAUGUCAAAAAGCAAUUCUCGGUUGUACAAGCAUCCCUCUGAGGGCAGAAUCAAAGAACCACAGUUUAACUUUGUGUUUCACUUUUGCUCUGGCUGAAUAACUGAAACUGAGUGGGGGAAGUAGAGGCUAAGAGAGGAAUGCUCUACUCAAAUGCAUUAAAGCCAUAAACGCUCAGUCUGUUGCACCUCUGACCACACCCAACAGUGAUGUCACGCUCGCACCCUGAAGUACACUUGCAGCCUGAUUAGAAGUUAAACCACAGGAGGUCAGCAAAAACAAGAUGUUCAGAUGACAUUAAAUUGCUCUUUAAAAGGAAUCUGCAAUUGUCUAAGUAAGCUAGCUAGCGUGCUGAGCUAAGAGAAAUAUGUGUUUGUGAUUUAUUGAAAAGAAAAGAACCUCUAACGCCUUAUUUUACAGGUCUGUAAAUUCUAAACAUUCCUAAGAUGUUUUCUGGAAAGAUGUAAUUUGGUCCUAAUUCUAGGUCAAUUAGAGACUGUUUAAUAGAGCUACAACGAAUGAUAGUUUUCAUCAUUGUUUAAUCAUUCGAUUAUUUUGAUGAUUAAUUGUUUUUUGUUUUAAAAAAAAAGUUCCUGGAUCUUUCAGAUAACCUUUUUUCCCACCAACAGUCGAAAACCCAGAGAUAUUAAGUUAACAAUGAAGAGAUAGAAAACAUGUUCUGAGAGGCCGUAAUCAAAUGUUUAGUAUUUUACUUUGAUAAAUAGUUCAGCAGAGUACUUGACUAUUUAUUUUUUGUUGAUCAGCUAAUUGAUUAACCACCUAAUCAUUUUAUCCGUAGUGCGUAUUGGUCCACUUCCAAAUGAAUUCAUUCCACUUAAUUGCUAAGAUAGUGUAACUUAGAGUCUUUUAGGCAGUACAGCAGGUCAGAUGAACUGGCACAAUUUUAUCUCCAUACAAUUAAAAAUUACAGCAUGCAUGAAAAAUAAAGUUUACAUUUAUAAAUUCAUGAUGACAAAAGUAUACACUUGAGUUUCCCAUAUAAUUACUCAGUUCUUUCCAGGAAACUAUUAAGAUAAAAAAUAGAAAAUAACAGAUCUGUAAACAUAAAAAAAUUGUAUACAUUUAUAUAUUUAAAAAAAAAAGUAUUUCUUCCCUCUUUGAUCAAACCCCCCAAAAAAUGGUUUUGUUGGUUCUGUCGACAGAGAUUUAACUCAUUUGAUGACAUUUGGAAAAACGUUAAUGACUGAACUGUCACUGCAGAAAUGAUUCUCAAAUUUCACCUGAGCUGACUUUUAACGUGAGGUAAAGACUCCUCGGUCCCAGUCCUCCUCACACUCGCUGUACACACCCGUCUGUCACACAGUUAUUAAAUGCACUUGCUUCUACAGUAGUUGGGAUGGAAUUUGUAAUCCAAGGUGCCUGCCAGGACUUGACUUACCUGUAGAUAGUCUUUUUUUUUUUUUUGGGUGGGGGGGGAGGAGGCACUGGAAACCUUACUGGGAUUAGUUGUAUAAAAAAAGCUUCUGCUGAGUUCUUUGUGCAACCUGUCUGUUUGUGCCUUUUUUGAUAGUCUUGAUAUCCAAGAUUUGAUGUGCAGCUUUUGUUUAGUCAGGAAUCCGUUGUAAUCGCAGUAUAUGCUCUUAAAAAUGAACACAAUCAAGUCAAGGGGGUGGGAGAUAUCGUGGGUGGGUAUCCUUAUCUUUCAGUUAUGUACAUUUUAAAGAGAUUUGUUGCCACAGCUGUGAUUUGUGACUGUAUUAAAAAAAAUGAAAAACAAACAUUUAUAUUUUUUGCCUUACCCUUUUUCCUUGAGCCUGUGUUUUUUUUGUUGUUUUUUUUUUUUUGUGUUUUGUUUUUUGAUGUUUUUGUGCAGAUAUUUUUAUUGUAAAAUGAAUGUUAUGUUUCUAUCAGACACUAAUCUUGUUUGAGUUGUCUCCAGUGGAACUACUUCACUCUGUAUGUUUUGAUCAGUAUAAACCUUUUAAUUGUGUAGUUAACGUUUCUGAAAGAGAAAAAUAAAACCUUGGUUGUGUUUUAAAGGUUGACCUGCCAUAGAAAUUGUUUGAAUUGAUUGGUCAGUUUUAUUUUGCUGUCGUGUGAAGGAUUAGACUUGAAAGAAGCUUUUCUUUGCUAUUAUUAAAGACUGACUGCCACUUUGAAUAAUCUGUUUUUAAUAUUUAGUUUUUCUUUUUUGCAACUCUGCCAUGACAUUUAAAUAGACGUUCAUUAAAAACACUGUACCUUCAUUAACAUCUCCAAAGUCUCUUUGUAAGCCAGAGUUCAAGAAAAUACGACACAGAUUUCAGAAGCAUUAGAGACGACUUCUUUUACUGCUGUCAGCAUCUGUCAUUACAUACAGAACUGUAAAAUAAAAGUUUCUUGGAGCGACCAAGUAUACAAUUAAAAGUGUGGUUAAAUGAGAAGAGUGAAAAUUCAUAAUAAAAAUGAUGUAUUGAAGUGUG